CGGUGCUGUGUUACCGCCACACUGUUCCGACGUUUUUCCUUCCUCCCUCCACUGCCCCGUCCCCUGCAAUGGCAUCCGGGUUGGUCAAGCUGCUGUUGCGGGGCCCUCGCUGCCUCCUGACACCGGCCAUCCCUCCUCGACCCCCGCCAGCUCGGGGGGUGAAGGACUUCCGCGCAGCCGUCCGCUUCCAGAAGGAGUUGGAGCGGCGGCGUCUGCUCCGGAACCCGCCGCCGCCCGUCCGCCGGUCGGAGAAGCCCAACUGGGACUACCACGCUGAAAUACAAGCAUUUGGACACCGGCUACAGGAAACCUUUUCCUUAGAUCUCCUCAAAACUGCAUUUGUUAAUAGCUGCUAUAUUAAAAGUGAGGAGGCCAAGCGUCAAAAGCUUGGAAUAGAGAAAGAAGCUGUUCUUCUGAAUAUUAAAGACAAUCAAGAACUCUCUGGACAAGGGUCCUCUUUUUCACAAACGUGCCUCACACAAUUUCUUGAGGAUGCAUUCCCGCACUUGCCUGCUGAAGGCAUUCAGAGCCUUGUUGACUUUCUCACUGGCGAGGAAGUUGUGUGUCACGUGGCUAGAAACUUGGCUGUGGAGCAGCUCACUCUGAGUGCGGAAUUUCCAGUCCCCUCGACUGUGUUACAGCAGACCUUCUUUGCAGUGAUUGGAGCCCUGCUACAGAGCAGCGGACCUGAGAGGACUGCGCUUUUCAUCAGGGACUUCUUAAUUACCCAGCUAACUGGAAAAGAUCUCUUUGAGAUUUGGAAUAUAGUCAAUCCCAUGGGGCUGUUGGUGGAAGAACUGAAGAAAAGAAAUAUUUCAGCUCCUGAGUCCAGACUUACCAGGCAGUCCGGAAGCACCACAGCUUUGCCUGUGUUUUUUGUUGGCUUAUACUGUGACAAGAAGUUGAUGGCAGAAGGGCCUGGGGAGACAGUUCUGGUUGCAGAAGAAGAAGCUGCUCGAGUGGCACUUAGGAAACUGUACGGCUUCACGGAGAACAGACAGCCUUGGGACUAUUCCAGGCCCAAAGCGGCUUUCAGAGCAGAAAAGACCCUCACUGCCGGCUAGCCGGCCGAAGCUGGAGGAACCUGAAAUGCGCCUCCCGUCCAAGUGCAACCCAGGCCUGACCCUGCUUAGCUUCUGAGGUCAGACGAGAUCGGGCGCAUUCAGGGUGGUACAGCUAUAGAUGGAACCUGAAAUUUAUAAGCAAAACAUUGAGACAGGUGUCACAGGUGUUCAAAUUGUAGAGAAAUGCUUUAUUUCUCAUACUGAGUUCUUCAAAUUAAACAAGUAUUCAUCAGGGCAUGUGUUUUAUUUUUUAAGUCAUUUUUUGUUGUCUUUUUUUAUGUUUUCCCAAUAAAUUUUUACUGGGUUCUUGACUUUAUUAUUGUGUAUAACUUGUACAAUUAAGUGUAUUUUAUAUCCUUCUAGCUUUGAGGUAUAAUUUGAAUGUAUGUUUUAUGUGAACUUUGCUGCAAUGCCAAUAAAGUUAUUCUUCUCUAAUUGUUUAA